AUGUCUUCCCACGGCAGCUCAAACACAGGUUCCAAGGCUAGUACCGGCAUGGCCUCAGCCACAACAACACCCGCGAAUGCUGGCGUUGGCGAUGAGAAACCUAAGGCAUUCGAUGCGCAGGGUGCCAUUGGAAAGCAAUUUACAGAAAGUGGAGCCAUUGGAGGAAUAGGACAAGCUGUUGGAGGUCCUUUAGCUGCAGAUGGCGCCGUUGGGAAGCAAUUUACGGCCGAUGGUAGUAUCGGAGGUACUGUGCAGUCAACACUGGGUGGUACUAAGGACAAGAGCAAUUAG